AGAUUGGCAGCAAAUUUUAAAGCGUUCGGACGUCUUUUAUUCUUUAAAAAGUUACAGAGUGUUAUUAAAAUGUGGUUCAAACUCAUUUACAUAGCUAGUUUUUGUAUUUUAUAUGUAGUGAGUAGUCCAGGUGGUGCACCAUUGACGGCUUGUGAUUCGAUGAUGCCAAUUCAUGGUGGAUUUCAAGAUCAACUUGGGGAUCUACCUGUGAACGUGAUCAUUGAAUCAAUUAUUAUUUCUGGUCAACUAAUAUCAAUCAGAAUCGAAGGAACUGACAUUCUUCAGUCAUUUGGAGGAUUUUUAAUUCAAGCUAUAUCAGAGAAUGAGGAACUAAUUGGAACAUUUCAUUUAUCAGAAAAUGUCAGAGUGAUUAAUUGUAGAAAUAUUUCUGGAUCAAGUGCAACCCAUACAGGCUCCGCCCAAAAAACAGCAGUUGAUAUCAUUUGGGAAGCACCAAUUACUACGGAACUAAUUGUAUUUAAUUUUUUCAUCACGAUUGCUGGAACUUUUCAAACAUUUUGGGCUAAACGGAGAACAUCUUUACAAUUUGUAAUUCCACCGAGUUUGGUACCGACUGAAAAUCCAAUAAUUCCAAUUGAUCCAACACUCCCAAUAGAGGAAGACCUUACAAUUUACGAUGGAUGUGGAGAUACAAAAGUUUGCUUUGGAGUUCCUGAUAAUUGUUAUUUGGGUAGAAUGUGUGAUAUAUUGGGUGCUGUGUCUUAUGAUAAUCAUAAUUUCACGUUUGAGUUGCUUGCACAAGACAGCCACGAAUAUGUUGCGAUGGGCUUAUCAAAUACAAAAAGUAUGGGAGAUUCAUCAGUAAUUGAGUGUGUCAGAAGUGAUCCAUAUAAAUCAUUUGCAUCAUGGACACUUGGUAAUGUUGAAGCUCAACGAACUACUGCCCAAGAUUAUAUUGAGCUAGUAGAAGGGAUGUCCAUAAAUGGAAGAGUUUACUGUAAAGUUCAAAGAAAAGCUUUCAGUGCCGUCAAAGGAGUGGAAUUUGAUUUAAUAAAUAAUAAAUAUUAUUUGUUACUCGCUAGUGGACCACUCGGUGAGGGAAAUAACAUUGCUAAGCACGAAAAUCAUGGAAUAUCAUUUUCACCAGUCCAAUUGACUGUUCCACAAUAUGUCAGACAGAAUGAGCCACAGAAUGUUUUCAUUUUAAUCCACGGCUCUUUCAUGAUUGUCUCUUGGAUUGGACUUACAUCUAUUGGCAUCGUCUUUGCUCGAUAUUUUAAGAAGUCAUGGACGAAUAAAAAAGCUUGUGGACAGGAUGUCUGGUUCAUCUGGCAUGUAAUUUGCAUGUUUUUAUCUUGGACUUUAACAAUAGCUGGAUUUAUUGUAAUUUUUGUGUAUCGUGGAGAAUGGAGCACAUCAGCACAUGCAAUAAUUGGAUGCAUAGUGCUCGGACUUACAGUUAUACAGCCAAUCGGUGCAGUUUUUCGCCCCGAUGCAAAUUCUAGAUCGAGGUCACUUUUUAAUUGGCUCCAUCAAGCGUUUGGAAACAUAACUCAUGCAUUGGCCGUAAUUACGAUAUUUUUCGCUGUUAGAUUUCCGGAAGCUAGACUACCGCACUAUACGCUAUAUAUUUUAGCAGCAUUUGUUUCAUUUUAUCUCAUCAUGCACAUAAUAUUCACGGCCGUGGAUAUACGUGGAGAUAUGAAGAGGAAUAAAAAUUCGAGGACAAAGAAUUCGAAAACUAUGCCUUUCCAAAUCAUACAAAAGACACUGCUUGGAUUCUUUAUCAUUUCAAUGAUGAUAUUUGUGAUAGCUUUAUUAUUAGUUUUCACACUAGGUUUUGAAGACUAAUGAAUGAUAGAGCAUGCAUGAUAAAAUUCGGUUCGAUAAGUAAAGUCAAAGUUUCAAAAAGUUUAAUUGGAAAAGGAUACGGAUAGAGAGCUGUUAAAGAAAGGCAUUGAUAUUUUUGGUUUGUCUCAGUGUCUUUGAUUGUAUAUUGUUUCUAUUAGGAUUAUUCGUGUUGCGUUUGAGUUGGAUUCAAUACAGAACAUUUUAUAAAAUCGUCUUACUUACAUGUCAUUUACUAGAUUUCCACAACGAUAAUAUCUAAAAACUUAUAAAUCUGGGAUAUUUCACUUUAAAACCGAAUAUGAAAAUAGAAUUUAAUCUCCUUCCAAGAAUACGAGAUGAAAUAACAAUCCUACAAUAUUCGUAAAACUUAAUUUACCGAAAAAUUUCUGGUAGAUCUACCAGCAUAAAUGAAAAACUAUAAAUUUUUUUUAACUGAAUCGGUUUCUCUCUUCAAUAUUGAGGCUUUAUUUUAUCAGACAACUAACCGAGAGGAUUAAAAUAUAGAUGCCGUGAUUUUAAAACUUUAAGCUUACCGAAUUUUAUCUUUUCCAUAAAAAAUAAUAACUCCUUUAAAUAAAGAAUAUAAUUCUCUAGUUUUUAAUAUCGAAUAAUUUUUUUAUGGUUUAUUCCUCAUUAUUUUAUGUUUUAUUGUAAGCCUUUCAUAAAGGUGUAAAAAAUAUCAAUAAAAAUAAUUUUUCUAACAUGACG